AUGGCCUCCUCGUGGUGCUGGAGCUGCCUCUCAAGGCUUCGCGCAACGCCAACACCGCGAGCAAUCCUCCCUCCGCAGUCUAUCACGCCCCGAAUCACAACCGCCUCCUUCCACUCCUCCGCCGUGCAAUAUGCCAACCCAACAAAGAAGAAGGGUGCCCUCGUGGCAGUGAAGUACCGCCAGGGUCAGACUCUGCGCCGAAAGAAGAAGAAGACCACCGAGCGUGCGCGUCCCCCGGCCGUCGGCGAGCGCAAGGCUUUGCGGAAACGUAUCGUCUUGAGUAACCCCAAUGCCCUUGAGGUGGAGGGUAUGCAGGAUUUGUCUUCGGAGACUAUGGUUGAUGCCCGUCUGCGUGGCUCGGUGCUGGGUCUGCCCGUGCCGAUGCUGGAUCAAUUGAGAGCUGUGCAGGCUUUCAAGCCUAAGCAGGGUUGGUCGAUAUUCCGCCGGCCGGGUACCGUUCUGCGUCGGGAUACUUUGGAGAUGGCUCGUUUGUUUGAGAAGAUCUCUGGCGAAGGUGAUGCUGCCGAGAAGGGCAAGGUUGUUAAGAAGAUUGUUACGGGGUUGAAGGGCUCUGGCAAGACUGUGCACCUCUUGCAGGCUAUGGCUAUGGGUUUCGUCAAGAAGUGGGUUGUUGUCACAGUUCCUGAUGCCCGAGAACUUGUCUCUGGUGAUACUAGCUACUCCCCGAUCGAGGGCACCAACCCUCCUCAAUACGUCCAGCCCAAUGCCGUCUCCGCCCUUCUGAUGCGCACCGUCGAGGCCAACCGUCAGGUUCUUGCCAGCCUCAAGGUUUCCCAGAAGCACUCUGCCCUGCCAUCCCUGAAGGCUUCUUCCACCCUGGAGGACCUCGCCAAGCUCGGCUUCCAGGAUGCGGCCGUUGCUUGGCCCGUUUUCCAGGCUCUGUGGACCGAGCUCACUGCCACCGCUGCGGCCCCCGGUAUGGAGAAGGACUUCAAGCCCCGCCCUCCCAUGCUUGUCACCGUCGACGGCAUCGCACACUGGAUGAAGGAGAGCGCCUACCGCGCCGCCGACUACUCCCCCGUCCACGCGCACGACCUCGUCUUCGUCAAGCACUUCAUCUCCCUCCUGCAGAACGGCCAGGCCUCCCUGAAGAACGGCGGUAUGGUCCUGUACGCCACCUCCACCUCCAACAACCCUGCCAUCUACACCCUGGAUAUUGCCCUGGAGCAGCUGGCCGCCCGCCAGGCCGGUGUCAGCCCUUCGUCCCCCGACUACCCCGCCCCCGAGGCUUACAGCGGAGCCGACGCCCGCAUUCUGGAGCUCUUCAAGCCUACUACCGGCAAGGAGCCUCAGUUCGAGCUCCAGACCCUCGGCGGUCUGACCCGUGACGAGGCCCGCGGUUACCUGGAGUACUUUGCCCGCAGCGGCUUGCUGCGCGAGGAAGUCAAUGAGACCUGGGUUGGCGAGAAGUGGAGUCUCUCUGGUGGUGGUAUCAUCGGCGAGUUGGAGAAGUUGGGCCGUCAUGUCCGUAGCACUGCGCAGACUACCCCGGUUCUGAACUAA